UGCGGAUUAAAGAUUACAACCCAUCGUAAUUCGUCGUGAUCCUUGUAGCACACGCCCUCCAUGCGCGGAUGUUCGCGUCGAUGAACCAAAAAAAAUAAAGAACGGCCUUUCUAUGGAACUUCGGUUCCUGCACCAUUCAGACUCGAUUUUCUCAAUCUCUCUCUCUCUCACUUAUAUAAACAGUAGAAAAGCGAAGCAUCUUUCUCCCAACACUACUCUUCAGUCUCGCAUUCUAUUCCAAUAAUCUCUCUCUCUCUCUCUCUCUCUCUAGUAUUAUUGGAUCUAGGGUUCUGGGUUUUUCCAACUUAGUCAAUUGGUCAGCAAAUCAAGCGGUUGUGGUUGCUCCUCUGUUACAAUCUCUUUUAACACAAUGCCUCCUCGCGCAUCUAAGCGAAAAUCGGCCCCACCCACCUCCUCAUCCGUCACAUCAUCCGACGGUCGUUCUGUCUCAAGUAAAGCUAAAACAAAGGGGAUGGAAAAAAUAGAUCGCUUGUUCGAUUCAUAUGCAAAUAGUUCAUUAGGCAUGAUUGAUCCAGAUGGUAUUGAAUCUCUCUGUUCAGAUCUCGGAGUGGACUACACUGAUGUGAGGAUAUUGAUGCUUGCUUGGAAAUUAAAAGCUGAAAAGCAGGGCUAUUUCACCCAGGAUGAGUGGCGAACUGGCCUGAAAGCAUUAGGGGUUGAUUCACUUAGCAAACUGAAAAAGGCGCUUCCUGAACUGGAGAAUGAGGUGGGGAAGCCAUCGAAUUAUGAGGAUUUCUAUUCCUAUGCAUUCCGAUACUGCCUGACAGAGGAGAAGCAAAAGAGCGUGGACAUUGAAAGCAUCUGUGAACUGUUAAAUCUUGUUCUAGGGGCACAAUUUCGUCCUCAGGUAGAUUUACUAAUUGAGUAUCUAAAGGUCCAGAGUGAUUACAAAGUAAUAAAUUUAGACCAGUGGAAUAAUUUUCUACGUUUUUGCAAAGAGAUUAGUUUUCCAGAUCUCGAAAAUUAUGAUGCAAGCCAAGCUUGGCCCUUGAUCCUCGAUAAUUUUGUAGAAUGGAGGAGAGAAAAGCAUAGCUAGUGUUGGCAUCUUUCGUAUGUCUUGCAGAUUGCUGAUUUCAUACGGUAAAUGGUAUCUCUCUCUCUGUGGAUUUGGUCAGAUUUUAUUCUCUUGAAAGUAUUAAAGGAAUGAUCAAAUUCAUUUUUAUUCAC